AUGGAAGAGUCUAAGCGUAAGAGAACCGAAUUGCGUAAAAACCUCAUAAAGGCCGCUGAUGUUCUGGAAAAUUCGCUGAAAGAGCGCCGCCAGGGCAAUCAGGAAGAGGUCGCCUCCGUAGAGGGCUAUUCUACUACUGCCGGCUCUCCGACUGCGCCAAAGAGCUGUUUGCUUAUGGCUCAUGGCCUGCAUUUAGGACACUCUUCACCUAAACAAUUUUCAACUAAAGAGGAGUUUUCUCUUCCGUCGAAUGAUGUUGGGUACCAGUUCAAUCUACUGUCGUCUUCACCUCAAUCGUAUCGACCCGCUAAAAUCAUGGAGCCUUCAAUGUCGAAUUAAAUAAAUGAAAAUACAACAAAAUAAAACCUAUAAGAACCAUUCAAAGAUAAUCCAAAUAGAAGAUUACCAUCAUUUUAGCACUUAAUUACUUUUCCGUGAAAAAAAUAUGACUAACCAACGACAAGUGUCUCCAACUUACCUCGGCUAAGGACUGCUACACUAAAAAUGGAUCAUCACUUCUAUUAUAUCAAACAACGGAAGUGAAUCACCACUUCUUAUUGUGAGUAAACUGCGGUUUUCGCAAAUUGAAAAGGAGAAAAAGACAAAUAUCUUCCAAUGUUUAUCGAUACUCAGAGACAAACAUAGUCUCUGCAAAUAAAUGAAUCUCUUCUUGAGCACCUACCAGAAGAUGUGGACACCGUUAACAAGAACACGCUGUAACAUUUCCGGUCGAAAAAAAACAGACUGCGGUGGAAAUGGCUCUCUUUCCAGUACUUCAAGAGCUAAUAUGUUAAAAAUGAAAGUUUUAGGACAAAAACCCACCAACUUCGGAACCAACUCAUUAAUGUAAUUUUGUACGAGUGGAGGAAUGAUCUAUUGUUAACUACGCAUUCAAAAACACAAUGAAGGACAAAUUAUGUUUUUGUAUGCGUAGUUUCAGAUCCAUUACAGAUUAUGAAGCGUACUUUUUAUUGAACAACAUACCAAAGGAAAUCGAAAGAAAGGACAUAAUCCCAAGAAUGGGUCGCUGUACCCAAAAAAUAAAUAAGAGUUAAAUUUACGACUAGCGAUCGGAAUGGUUUACAAUCAACAUCUUAUGCUGUAACUAUUUCGGGAACAACAUAAAACUCACCAGCGAAAAAAACCUAAAUCGGCGAGAAACCCAUAUUUUACUUUUUGUUGAAUUGUUACUUGUUAAAUCGUUGUUUUGCCGUGUGUGACCCGGUUUAUAGAAUUGGUCCACCUCUCGCUGCCCAGGAGUGUCGUAAAAGGCGACUAAGGGUAUAAUAGAAUGAAGAUCACGAUGCAGGUGGAAAAAAAGCAAGUGAACGAUAUUAAUCACAUGAAUCACAAGGUCUUACAUAAGACGAAGAACAUCUUGAUAUCUUGGCGCACAUACUUUAGAGUUGGUACGACGUGUUUGUGUAUAUGAGAUUAUGCGUGUCUAGAAAAUCUAUAGUUGGAUCUAAAAGACGGUGCGACCUUGCCGCUGAUUGCUAGAAAACAUAGAACUUCGAAGUCAGAGGCUGGAGAUAUAAAAAACAUCGCAGGUGCAGGUCAGUUAUUCCUGAAUAAUGGUAUUAACUUGGGAUAUUUGCAAACCUUAAUGUCGCCUGCGGUAUUUUACAUAGAUCUUGUUAGGUUUGUUUUAAAGGGCAACACCUUGGAAAUGUUUUAAAAUGUAUAA